GCUAUUACUGCAUGACUAUUUGAAAAGAAAUAAAAUGGCGCUGUGGCAAGACGGGCUGAACAGAAAAGUUGUGAUGGUGACUGGAGCAUCGUCAGGAAUCGGGAGAGAGUUGAGUAUCAACUUGGCAAAAGCGGGUUGCAGGAUCAUUGUUUCAGCUCGUCGUGUAGACAAGCUGAAAUCUCUCUGCAACCACAUUAACAGUAGUAGUAAAUCGGAAGGUCCGGCCCUAAAUGCAAUCGCGGUUGAGCUAGACGUUACUGCCAAUGGUGGUAACAUUGAGGCCGCUGUGCAGAUAGCUUGGAAUGCCUUCGGACGUAUUGAUGCCUUGGUUAACAAUGCUGGGGUUAGAGGUAGUGUAAGUUCUUCUCUAGAAUUGUCAGAGGAGGAGUGGGAACAUACUUUUACGACGAAUCUCAGAGGAGCAUGGUUGGUGUCAAAAUUUGUUUGUAGACACAUGAUCGAUGCUAAACAGGGCGGAGGAUCUAUUAUUAAUGUGUCUUCAAUCGCUGGUCUGAAUCGGGUACUAGUACCCGGAGGUCUUGCUUACGCUUCUUCAAAAAUGGCUCUUAACAGGCUCACUGAGAUGAUGGCACUUGAACUAGGAGUACACAAGAUAAGAGUAAACUCAAUAGCACCAGGAAUUUUCAAAUCUGAGAUGACAGAGAGCCUUAUUCAACAGAAAUGGUUCCAUGGUGUUAUUUCUAGGACCACUCCUCUGAGAACUAUUGGAACGACAGAUCCGGCUUUAACAUCACUCGUGAGGUACUUAAUCCAUGCUUCUUCAGAAUAUGUUUCCGGCAAUGUUUUCAUUGUCGAUAGUGGAGCUACCUUAAUAGGCGUGCCAAUUUUCUCGUCACUCUAAAAGAAUAGAGGUAGAUUCAUGAUUUAAAUUUGAUGGAAG